UGCAUCAGCUAUCACCCAUCAGACUCGAUCGAACUUUUGCUCAAUCGGAUCGCGAUUUUUUUGUUGUUGAAGGGACUCGGUGCAAAUGAGCGAUUUCCCAUUUGUGGGUUAGCGCCUAGCGGCGGAUUGUGGCAACAAAUUAAGGCGUAAGCUUGUCGAGUGCUGGCAUUUCCUCCUGAAACAAUAGAUUGUAUGGGCCCGCCCCGCUGGCCGCAGCUUCACAAAGCCCAUUGGUUGGUGGGUUACGUUGGGCCCACCGCUACUCCCGUUGGAGUGGAAACAGUACAAACAAACAGUCACGGUGAUCCCCGAUGUGGACUGAAAAGAACGCACAUGGUCUCCGAACGUCGAGGAUAACAGUUAAAUUUCUACUUAAUUUCCGAGAGAAGAAGAAGAAGAAAGAAAGAAAGCUGGAGGUGGAGCAGGAAAGGCUAGGAAGAAAACAAGUUGAUGCAGGGUCUCUCUGAUAAUGGAAAUCCGGGUCCAGCAUUCUUUCAUUUGGAUUCCAUUUCUUAGUAUCUUUUCUUGUAGAUUUUCUUUUGUCAAUUCCUGUAAUGCGACGAUUCUGGGGUUUUGAAUGCUUCUGCAAUCUCAGUGGUUGCUUUAGUUGCAAAUCUUUAUGAUCAUAAAAGGUUUGUUUAAGAGGUAUGCAAAAUGGAACCCUGUACAUCCAACAUCUGGAGCAUUUUGGGGCAUGGGGAUCGGCGUAGGAUGUGGUGUUGGAUGGGGUCCUGGGUUUGGCCCUGAGGUGAUUGGCUACGUUGGAGCUGGUUGUGGGGUUGGAUUUAGUGUUGGCAUCACAGUGGCUGGUUUUGGCAUUGGUCUUCCUGCAAACUUCCUUGUUGAAAUACCUUCUAAUGCUUUUGCAGCAACCAGAACUGGUGCUUUGGAGUUCGCUAGAUCCAGUGGUCUUCUUUCCAUGAGAAAUGUUGUGGAGGAUGGUUGGAACCAUGUUGCUCCACAUGUUAAUGAUUUACAGAGGGGAGCCAGCGGAAGGCUCUCUAGCUUUAAGCACAUGUCUGCCCUUGACCAGGGUGUCAACCUCAAGGUUAUGAAGAAUAAGAUAUCUUGCCAUGUUAAAUCUACUUUGGACAAUUUUGUGGCAUUCAGAAAUCGCUACCUGAGCUCUCACAAGGGUACACAAACAAGUCAUACUUUUUUCAGAAGGUUUGAAGGAUUAAUGCAUGGAGAGUUAAUGGGGUAACCAUCAACAUGGAGUCGUUAUAACAACUGUUGUCAUAUUCUCAAGAAAAUUGAAGAAAUAGUUGUUUGUCAAAAGGGUAUAUUUUUUUUUUUUUACAAAAGAGGAUCGUUUUCUUUAUUAUUUUUGGCAAAAGUAUAUGUUUGAUCUAGCCAUUGCUAUCAAAUAGGGCUUUAUUUGGUUAUGAUUACUACCUAGCCUAACAUGAGAAUGGUACUCUUAACUCUAGAGCUGAGUUAAGAAAUCAUCCAAGAUAGUAUAAAGGUUGCUGGUUUCUUAUAUCUGAAUAUGAGAAAUGGUAUUGUUAAUGAAUCUUUUCUUUUUCUGGUAUUAGUGUUAAUGAAUCAUUAUCCUUGUGUGUAAAUGACCAAUUGGAACUUCAUGUA